CCCGGGGCCGCAUUCGCAGCGCGCGGAGGCGCGGGCACGCCGCGGCGCGCUCCCGUCGCCCUCGUCGCGCUCAUGGAGCCGCCCUGGGAGCUCGAGCUCGAGCUGCGCCGCCACAUUGAGAACUGCUCCUGCACUUGCGACCACAUGGGUUACGGGAACUAUAUGGAUUACCAAGUGGCGCCGGCAGCGCACGCUUGCCUAUGCCGCGCGAUCACCUCGCCGCACGCCCACGCGGCAGUACCAGAGGGAAUGACGUUUCCCGGUCCACUGCCGGACGUCGCAGAGCGAUGUGGGCGCUGGGCACCGGACUCAUUGUCUGCUUCAGCAUCAGGCAGCUCGGAUGAGAAGCCUAUGCCGCGUCGGCCACGCUGGCGAAUUGCGCUUGCAGCUCUCGUCGUACUGGCGGCGCUAGGAGCAGCGCUGGCGCUGCCCCUAGCGCUCGGUGGCGGCGGCCGAGCCACGCCCGAACAACGACUCACCACCAUUCGCCGAAUGCUUCGGGAUUCACCUUUGGUAGAUGGUCACAAUGAUCUAGCGUGGAACGUUCGAAAAUUUCUUCAUAACAAAAUUAGCGGCUUUAACUUGAGCGCUGGUUUAGAAGGCAUCGAGCCGUGGGCGAAAUCGCGCUGGUCGCACACAGAUAUCCCGCGGUUAAGGCUCGGACAAGUUGGAGCUCAGUUUUGGUCAGCGUAUGUGCCAUGUGGAGCGCGUGAUCGGGAUGCAGUGCAACUCGCUCUCGAACAAAUGGACGUUAUCAAGCGUGUAGUAGAAAUGAAUGCUGCUCACUUAGCUCUUGUUACGGACGCAGCUGAACUGCUCGACGCACAUCGUGACGGCCGCAUCGCUUCAUUGAUUGGUGUCGAAGGUGGACAUGCGCUCGGAGAUUCAUUAGCAGUACUUCGAGCCUUCUAUCAGCUCGGGGCACGUUACCUCACUGUUACGCACACGUGCGACAAUAGAUGGGCUCACGCUGCAGGCACUUCCGGUGGCCUGACAGAGUUCGGCAGAGCAGUUGUUAGAGAGAUGAACAGGCUUGGUAUGAUCGUAGAUCUAUCACACGCUGGAGAAGAAACGGCACGCGAUGCCCUCGAAACGUCACAAGCACCUGUUGUAUUUUCGCAUUCGGGAGCUGCAUCACUUUGUAACUCAAGUCGAAACGUACCGGACGAUUUAUUGCGUCUGAUUGCCGCUAACGGAGGCGUUGUAAUGAUCAAUUUCUAUGCAAAAUUGGUGACGUGCGGGGACAGGGCUACAGUGGAAGAUGUGGUGGCACACAUUAACCAUGUGAGGCGAGUGGCAGGUGUAGAGCACGUGGGCUUGGGGGCCGGGUACGAUGGCAUCGAUGCGCCACCGGAGGGGUUGGAGGACGUGUCGCGGUACCCGCACCUUUUAGCGGAGCUGCUACGUGAUCCUGAGUGGAGUGAGGAGGACGUGCGUAAGCUGGCUGGGAUGAAUGUGGUGCGCGUAUUACAGAGCGUAGAACGCGUGCGCGACCAGUGGCGGCGGGCCGCCGUGCUGCCUGGCGAGGAGACGGCGGGCGCACGCCGUGGCGAAUGCAUGUAUGGGACCGCGUGACGCAGGCUGCGCGCCGCGUGCUCCCGCGGCCCACCUCGUACUGCUCAAUAUUGACACUUGUUGAACGUAGUUAUACAUGUAUAUUAGUGUCCAAAUGUGAUUUAGCGAUUAAAUAAUCUUACCUGACCUGAUGCACAAAAGUUUAGCUAAGGAGCCGCGCGCGCUGGGCGCUUCGUCGUGCGUCGGCCGUCGCGGUUUACCCGCUGAACUCUUCUCCAUCCAUGCACACGACUUCGUUGACGAAAGCCCAAUGC